GAUGAUUUAGAGACACCUAGAAUCUUGUUAUUAAGUACUAAAAUACAUACAAGAUUCAUCCCUUGAAAUUCUAAUGCCAGGAGCACGAGAAUGUUCUUUAUAGCGUAUUUCAUCUUUGUAACCAGCUACUACAGAUUCGGGCACCUGGCAAGUUUUCUGGAAAAGAAAAACGUGACGGAAGGCGAAUCUUUAAACAUGUCUUGCUCUGCAAAGACUGUUGUCAACGAGAGCACGGGCAAUUGUAUUACUUGGGCAGAGAUAAGCAAGACUGAUACAAAGACUCACGAAAAAUAUGUGAUUGCAUUAUACCAUAAGUCUAGAAAACCCGAAGACAGAGAACAGUUUAAUGGACCGAGUACGUGGAAAUAUAGCAUGACUGGAGCCAACUUUGAUGCAGAUAAUGGAUCAACCCCGUGCAAUAAUAUCGAUACUAUGCAGAUACUUUUGCAUAUUCCACAUGUCCAAUUACAAGACGCCGCAGAUUACCUGUGCUUGUUGGGGUUAAAUGCUACUUUCGACCUAGCCGAAACACUCUACGUAAUUCCCAAAGUAUCUCAAAUGACGACUAGAAAGUGGCUAAAUGAUGAUAUACCAAGACGAGGAGAUGUCAGGGACCCAGUCGAACCCAUUCCUGAAAGCGUUAGCGAGACAUCAGUUGAAGAGACAACAUCAGUUGACGAGACAACAUCAGUUGACGAGAGCAACAACACCAUUACAGUCAAGGGAGAUAAUCACAGUACAAAAGCAACAAACUCGGCCAUUUUACUUCCACUAAUAUGGAGUUAUCUUUGCUUUGACAUUGUAUUUACAUUUUAAUGAGACAAAAAAAAAAAGAUAUAUCUUUCAUU